AUGAAUCUAGGCUUAUCCAGAAGACCAAGCGGAAGCUCAAUUGCUCUUGAAAAAUUCAUUAAAUGCAGAGACAAUCUCUCAAAACCAUCACCAAGACUCUGGCCAGAUGAUCCCAAACCUCGUACCACACAUCUCGACGUCGUUGUCGAUCUCCAUCAUCCGAUACUCAAAAAGCUUGAAUCUUUAAGAUCUGUGAAUGAAUUUGACCUAGUUUAUUCCCAGAUUCUAGUCUCUGGACUGCUCCAGAACUCUCUUGUUUCAGGACGAGUGAUUAAAAAGCUCUGCACAUGUUUUGGUUCUGUUUCACGAGCUGUUUCUGUUUUCGAUUCCGUCAUUGAACCUAAUGCGUUUCUGGGUAACACUAUUUUGAGAUGUUUCGUUAAUUUAAAACAACCCUUUGGUGCGUUGAGGUUUUACUACGACAAAAUUGUUGGUAGAUGUGUCUUGUGUAACCAUUACACGUUUCCGUUGAUGGUAAAGGUGUGUGGGGAAGCUGGAUUGGUGAAAGAUGGAGAAAAGAUUCAUGCUUUGGUUUCCAAGUACGGGUUUGUUUCGGAUUUGUUUGUUAGGAACUCGUUGAUUCAUAUGUACUUGGUUUGUGGACGAGUCCGAGAUGCAGAGAAGGUGUUUGAUGGUGGGUAUAUGGUUGAUUUGGUUAGUUGGAAUUUGAUGAUUGAUGGGUAUGUGAAGAAUGGGUUAAUAGAUGUUGCACGUGAGUUGUUCGAUGAAAUGCCUAAGAGGGAUGUUUUUAGUUGGAACUCUAUGCUUUGCGGUUAUGCGAGGAUUCAGGAUAUGGAGGAGGCACGGUAUUUGUUUGAGAAUAUGCCUGCUCCUGAUGCUGUUUCUUGGAACUCUAUGAUUGACGGUUAUGCGGCAGUGGGAGAUGUAACAAUGGCGCGGGGAUUUUUCGAUAGAAUGCCACGAAGAAAUGUUGUUUCUUGGAAUACUAUAUUGGCUCUGUAUGUUAGGAUCAAGGAUUACACAGAAUGUCUUAGACUUUACGAAGUAAUGGUGGAUAAAGGAGAUGGAUUGAAGCCAAACAAAGCGUGUGUCAUGAGCGCCUUGACUGCUUGUGGAUAUUUAGGCCAGAUUGAGAUUGGUAGGCAGAUUCAUUCAUAUGUGACAAGCAAUAAGAUUAAACCCGAUGUGCUUCUUUCAACUGCUCUGCUUACAAUGUAUGCUAAAUGUGGUGCAAUGGAUAUGGCUAGAGAGGUUUUUGAUGGGAUGGAAGAGAGAAGCAUCGUGUCGUGGAACUCUAUGAUCAUUGGAUAUGGCAUGCUAGGGCAUGGAGAGAAAGCUACAGAGAUGCUUGUCGAUUUGGAAAAGGAUGGAAACGUUUUCCCAAAUGGUGCUACUUUGGUUUGUGUUUUGUCUGCAUGUGCAAAUGCUGGGAUGGUUCUAGAAGGUUGGUGGGCCUAUGAUCGGUUAACACGAAUCUAUAAAGUUGAACUUAAAUUAGAGCACCAUGGCUGCUUGGUUACUCUCCUUGGCCGAGCAGGUUUGACUAAAUACUCGGAAGAACUGAAAGAAAAGUCCACGUUUGUUCUCUCUUCUCGUUGGACACUCGAGAAUCCUGACAUUGGAGAAAUCUUGGCGAAGCGGCUCAUGAGAUUGCAGCCAAAUGACAUAGGGCCAUAUGUGCUACUAUCAUAUAUUUACGCUGUUGAUGGAAAGUGGGAGGAAGUGGAGAAAGUGAGGAAGAUGAUGGAUGAGAAAAUGCUGUGUAUAGCAAGUAACUUAAGUUGCAUGACCAGUGUUGUAUACUCUAUGUUGUGUGAGAUAGGCUCUGAUUUAAAGAUUAUGAAGUAA